UUCUUUUGGAAGCUACCCCUCUUUGUUCUGCUUUAUAAUAUUAAGCUCUUAAUAAGAAAGAAACUAAGCCCACUUAGUUUACCAACACAGUCAGCCAUACUUUGCUUUUUACCAAGCAUGACAACAAGGCAAUUGAGUCGCUUUCCAAACUAGCAGAGCAGAGGCGUACCGUGCAUAGGCGGGCAUUAAAUCAGCACUUCAUAAAUCAAUCCUGCCCAUUUACAUGAUCUCUAUGCAGAAGCGGCAGUCUAACACUAGCUCUCACACGCAUUAAAAACCAUCACUCUGCUAGUCCAACUCACUGUUCAGGCGGGUCUUCUUGAAUGCAGCAUUUAUUACAACCUCAUUGUUGCUUCCUACACUGAAGGAAUACCAAAUUCUCAAAUCAGGAGUUCUUCUUUCUCAAUUUAUUGUAAACAGGGGGUCUUGUAACGACCCUGACACUGUUACAAAGCACAGUGCUUUUUAACAGUAAAGCUUCUGGAAAACCCAAACAAAAGACACGUCACCGGGUGACGUCAGCCUAUAUACAGUUCUGUGUGGUCGCAGCACAUAAGCAAAUCCAUUCUUGUGCCGUUUCUCGGAAAAAGCUUUUCAGUAAAUGCACUCAGGCUGCUCCAGAAGCUCUUCUCUGCAACAAGCCGCCCAUCUGCCAUCAACAAGUUAAGACCGAGAGAACUAACAGCUGCGGAAAGAAAAGCCUGAAGCUCCGGUGAUCGGCAGUAAUCAGAGGAGGGGGAAAUUAUUAACUUAUAAUCAAAGCUGAUUUAGGGGAUCAGAGCACCACAGAAAAUGAAACCGAUGCUAUCCAGGGGAAUAUCCUAAGGAACAACCCAUUCACCCUGACAAAUUUGAAUUUUACUUGGAAAGCCUGGGACACAGAAAACAGGAAACUGGUCAGAGGCUCCUGCAUGUUAGAGCCUUUUACAGACUCACUGCGUUGAGUCUGACAACCUCGACUGAAUGCAGCCUCCAAUGUGCUCAGAAGAAUGGGCUUACAUUUCAAGUGGCCAUUAGGGGCCCCUAUGCUGGCAGCAAUAUAUGCAAUGAGUGUGGUUUUAAAAAUGCUGCCUGCCCUGGGUAUGGCGUGUCCACCUAAAUGCCGCUGUGAGAAGCUGCUAUUCUACUGCGACUCUCAGGGCUUCCACUCAGUGCCAAACGCCACAGACAAGGGUUCUCUGGGCCUGUCCCUGAGGCACAAUCACAUCACAGCGCUUGAAAGAGAUCAAUUUGCCAGCUUCAGUCAACUCACCUGGCUCCACUUAGAUCACAAUCAAAUUUCAACAGUAAAAGAAGAUGCUUUCCAAGGACUAUAUAAACUUAAGGAGUUAAUCUUAAGUUCCAACAAAAUAUUUUACUUGCCAAACACAACUUUUACCCAACUGAUUAACCUCCAAAAUUUGGACCUGUCUUUUAAUCAGCUGUCAUCUCUGCAUCCUGAGCUCUUCUACGGCCUUCGGAAGCUGCAGACGUUGCAUUUGCGGUCCAACUCCCUGCGGACUAUCCCAGUACGCCUGUUCUGGGACUGUCGUAGUCUAGAGUUUCUGGAUUUGAGCACAAACCGUUUGCGAAGUUUGGCUCGCAAUGGAUUUGCAGGAUUAAUCAAACUGAGAGAGCUUCAUCUAGAGCACAACCAGCUGACAAAGAUUAAUUUUGCUCAUUUCCUCCGGCUAAGCAGUCUGCACACACUCUUCUUACAAUGGAACAAAAUCAGCAACUUGACGUGUGGGAUGGAGUGGACCUGGAGCUCUUUAGAAAAGCUAGACCUAACUGGAAACGAAAUCAAAGCCAUCGACUUCACAGUGUUUGAAACGAUGCCUAAUCUUAAAAUACUCCUCAUGGAUAACAACAAGUUAAACAGUCUUGAUUCCAAAAUCUUAAACUCCCUGAGAUCCCUCACAACCGUUGGCCUCUCUGGCAAUCUGUGGGAAUGCAGCCCCCGAGUAUGUGCUCUAGCCUCCUGGCUGGGCAGUUUCCAAGGUCGGUGGGAGCAUUCCAUCCUAUGCCACAGCCCUGACCACACCCAAGGAGAGGAUAUUCUAGAUGCAGUCCACGGGUUUCAGCUCUGCUGGAAUUCAUCAACCACUGUCACUGCUGUGGCCACAACUUAUAGAGAUCCAACCAUUGAAUAUACAAAAAGAAUAAGCUCAUCAAGUUACCAUGUAGGAGACAAAGAAACUCCAACUACUGCAGGCAUGGCAGUUACUACAGAAGAACACUUUCCUGAACCAGACAAUGCCAUCUUUACUCAGCGAGUAAUUACAGGAACAAUGGCUUUAUUGUUUUCUUUCUUUUUUAUUAUUUUUAUAGUGUUCAUUUCCAGGAAGUGCUGCCCUCCUACUUUAAGAAGAAUUAGGCAGUGCUCAGUGAUUCAGAAUCACAGGCAGCUCCGAUCCCAAACACGACUCCAUAUGUCAAACAUGUCAGACCAAGGACCGUAUAACGAGUAUGAACCCACCCACGAAGGACCUUUCAUCAUCAUUAAUGGUUAUGGACAGUGCAAGUGUCAGCAGCUGCCAUACAAAGAAUGUGAAGUAUAAUAUCUACUCAUCAUCAAAAAUCCCACCAGAUAAGUAACCUAUUUUACAUAGUAGGGGCUAAAAUACAUAUCUAAUUUUUACCAAUGGUGACAUUAAGCCUAAUUUUCCAAACCAAGUGGAGACUUGAGUUUUUGAAGUGUUGAAGUAUUUUUAAUUUUUUUAAUGAAAACAUAUUUUAAGUGUUAAAUGAAGCAAUGCUCAUAUUAAUUUGCACUCUUGUUGGAAAGUCUAAAUGCUUACUUCAAUAUAAAACAUUUCAUGUAUGUAAUUAUAUACAAUUGUAUGUAAACAUUUACACUAAGGUCUCCAUAUGUUAUUAUUUUUUUUCUACUGAAAACAGUUCCGAAAGAAGCUACUAAACAAAUACAGGUAGGGAUGAAAACCUGUUUGAUUAUUAUUCUCCAUCCCAUGGACCACAACUUGCUUCCUAGUUAGAAGGAGACGGCAAAGUUCUCUUGUAAGACAAUGUGGUAUUUACUCAAACUAUAAUUUACUGCCAGUAUGAGAAGUAGACUUACAUGUGUGCUUAAGACUGGUAAAUAUUAAAUGUUAUUCUUUCAGAGUUUGGCCUGGUUUAAUAAAUAUUAUCUAAGUUACAUCAUGAAACCAGCACCUUUUAUAUAAACUCUAAUAAAACCGGGUGACUCUUUAAUAUAUCUCAACAAUAAGUCCAAGCAAUUAUAAAAAGGUCUCAUUAUGAUAAAUCAAUACUAAAUAACUACACUGACUUCUUAUACAACUCUAGUCUGACUUAUAAUGGCUAUGCUGGUUUUUUGUGGCAUUUAGAUUAUUAUUAUUUUAAACUAGUACUAAAUUACCAUUUUACUAAUUAACUUACUAAAUCCUAUACUUGUGUGAAAAUUUGCAUUUGGGAAAGAGAAAAACUGAGUCAACUUGACAAUCCUGACAUACUCCCAUCUACGCUGAAAUACAUCCCCUCUCUUGAUUAAAGAUGCCUUGACAAACUGUAUGAGCCUCUUCCUUCUGCCUUCUUCUGAUCUCUAAACCUCAAAAACCCAAAUUAAAAAUAAUUGGCUACUAAAGGUGCCUAACCCUGAUUCUUGUUAUAUAUAUUUAAAAACCACAAAAAAUACUUUCAAAAUAUGAUGUUAAAGCUUUCCCUUUAAUAAAGAUACAUAUUUAUAUUACUAGCUCCUUCUGAGACAGGACCAACCUAUUUCUGAGGCAAAUUUUAAGGCAGAACUUGAUACAGGCCCCUGCAGCCACACAGCAGUACGUGAAGGCAGCAUGAAAGGGAGGGGGUAACAAGCAGGGAGAGAGUCGGGAAGGCUGACUCCUGGGCUGGUGGAAGUUACUAGGCAGCAAAUGUGAUUCUGUACAAUUUGCACCAAAUAAGCAAUGCUCAGGGACUGGUCUGAUAUGAAAGGGAGGCUCUUCAGUGUAAAUAUGAGCGCCCUGAGCAUGGUGACAAAUGAUAAUGAUGCCACAUUUUUCAUGAAGAGAAGAACCACAAGUGUUCAAUUCUGGCUUCUUUAAGGCAAAAGAUAGCAUAUUGGGGAUUUAGACUCAAGUUACCAAUUCACAUAGAAAUGUUCUACAAAGAAGGCUCUACAUAUAGGAGGAAACUGAAAAUAAAUGAUUACUUUGAUUUCAGAAUCAAGUAAAAACCCAAGCAUUUUUAUAUGGAAAAAUAUGUAAGUCAUUAAAGAAAGUAACUUAUUUUCUCCCCAGGAUUGAAUUGAAAAUGUUACUACAGAUCUAGAUUCAAUCAUAAUUUUCUUCCUUUAGCACUGAAAAAGAUACCCACUUUCAAAUCUGUUAGCAAAAAGCAGACAAUAUUCAGGUUACAGUGAAAAUAUGCUCUUUCUAUUUUUUGAAGGUGGGUAGAUUAGUUUGGCAAAGCCUCAGAGCAGUUCAAUUCAGUUGAUCUUGAGUGGCAAGAUUUCAUCUCCUGAGAAAGCAGGCACUAGGCUUGUCUGAGCUGAGACAGAUGCUGGUUUUCCGGCACUGAGCACAGCAUACUGCCUCCCCACAGAGGGGCUGCAUCAGAAGCCGGAUUACAAAUGAGCUCCGUGGGCUAGAAUUUACCAACUCAUUUAUCAUGGUGACCACUGCCAUUUGUCAGGUGAUAGACGCUAGUUCAAAAUAUAGCUUUGAGCACACAAGACUCCAUUGGCUCUAAGGGAUGGGUGUUUUUUAUCAUUUCAAAUUACAACCAAAAUUAAUUCAAACUGUGAAUUCCAAAGUAGGAAAUAUUAACUAGGAACUCCAAUUAAUCCU